CAAGUUUAUUUUUUUUCAACAAAUGUACAAUUUUACAAUUACAACUUGUUUUGUUUUAAUUCUGAUUUUUUGUUUUAUUUUUGUAUUUAACACUAUUAGUGCAUUUAAUUUGUAUAUUGAAAGUGAUGAAAUGAAUAGAACUUUGGGAAUAUCUGCUAGAAUGGAUUAUGUCACUGAUGGUGUUAUUAAUGAAUAUUCUACAAAAUUCCCCUACAGAUUAGCAGAAAAUAUUAGUCGACUUAGAUUUACUUGGAGCAGUUCAGACAGAAUGACUUAUUAUUCUCUUCAAGCAAAUUCCCAACAUUUUGAUGUUGUCCCAAUUGUUUUAAUUUCGCCAAAAGGUUACGUCCCAAACAUUCCCCAACAAUUUCAAGUUGAAUAUAGAUGUGUAGGUGCACGUUCUGGUCAAUUUCGUGUUAAUUUAAAUUUUAAUAUAACAACAACAAAAACAUCUUUAUUACAAUUAACUUUAAAACAAGAGAAAAUAUGUUCGUAUAGAGAAGGAAGGAGAAGGGCUUUUGCUCAAGAAGAAGAUUCAAACAACCAUCUAAACAUUAACGACCACAACAACAACGAAAACAACAAACAAAACAAACAACAUACAACUUAUUCAACUUGGCCAUUAUUCUCUUUUAUAAGUUUACUUUCUCUUCCUUGUCAAUUACUUGUUGCGUCUGUUUCUCUAUUUGCUCUAGUUUGUUCAGUUUUACUUUGUUGUUGCUAUUGUAUUAAACAAGAAGAAGAAAAAGAACAACAACAACAAACAAACAACAAUUUUUCUUUUCGAAGAAGAAGAUCAAAAAUAGGCUCUUUAUAUAAUUCAACACGUUCAUCUCUUAUAAGAAGAAAAAUAUUAUUUCAACAAGGAAUUGAUCAAAAAAAUAAUAAUAAAUUAAUUAAUGGUGGUUCUUUAAAAGAAAGUUCAACAGCUAAUAGUGGUAAAAGCGGAUUAUCUAAAAUAACAACAACCGGACUAGCAACAAUUAAUAGUUGUACUACUGCCUCCUCUUCUUCAAAAACAGUACUAGACGACGAACAACGUAAACCACUACUUGAUCCUCAAAUGCCUUCAACAUCUGCAGCAGCAUUACAACAACAAAAUAAAUUACCAAGCAAAAUAAUUUAUGAAAGAAACAACCAACAAGUGGAUGUUUCUGCAGCAUUAAUAGAAUUAAAUGCAGAUAGAAAUCUUUUUGAACAAUGCCAUAAGCCUGAAAUGGAAGGACAUUUUGGACAGUUAGUAUGGGCAAAUUGGCGCCAAAUAGGUUUAAAUGGAAAUAGACCAGUUGUUGAUGAAGUUGAUGAUGGGGAAGAUGAUGCUAAAGAAGAUACUGCACUAAUUUGUAAAACUCUAAAACCUGAUGCAGAUAGAAUUCAAUUUGAAUGUUUUUUACGAGCUGCUUUACAAUUUCAUUAUGUGCCCCCACAUCCACAUUUGGCGCAGGCAAGUUUAAAAUUUAGUAGAAUAUUUUUUGUAAUUGCAGCCGCAACAUUUGGUAAUUUUUUGAACCCAGACUCAGUUCGUGAUUUACCUUUAAUUUGUUAUGCUCAUGAUGGUUUUGGAAUUUUAAAAAAUUUUUUGCAAGAAUGUAGAGAACAAGCACUUAAUGCGUCUUUAAAUAACAAAAAAUCUUCUUCAGUUAGUCCUGGGGUUGUAGUUAAAAGUUGGGCAAAACGUUUUAGAAAGGGAAGUAGUUGUAGUGGUGAUGGAUUAAAAGAAGAAGAAAAGAAAGUGAUUAAAGAAAGUGAUGAGGAGAAUAAGGUGAAGGAUGACAGUAGAGACGUGGAGAAGGGAAAGGAAGGUGGUGGAAUGGAAAAUCCUCGAAUUGUUGUAACAAACUCGCCUUCUUCAUCUUCAUCCACUACUAAUGCUCCAGCAACAAUUUUAGAAAUUUCAGAAACAACAACAACUCUUCGAAUACAUAAUUUAGUAUUAUUAGCUUCGCAAAUUGUUUCUGCUGUUCGUCACUUACAUAAAUUUGGUAUAAUCCACAAAGACAUUGCUACAAGAAAUUGUUUAGUUUCACAUACAAAAAUGAGCGGUGGACGUGUUCGUUUACAUUCUCAAUUAUGUGAUUCUGCUUUAGGAAGUGAUUUAUUUUCCCAAGAUUAUAAAAAAGAAGAAAAUUUACAAGAAACAGAAUAUUCAUGUUAUUUACCUAUUCGUUGGAUGGCCCCAGAAUUAUUUGUUUCUUCUAAAAAAUUUAAUAAUAAACAAAAUAAUAAUCAAAAUAAUAUUUGGAAUAGUGCUACAGAUGUGUGGGCUUGUGGAAUUUUAAUUUGGGAAAUUUUUAAUUGUGGAAAAUUGCCAUAUAAUGAAAUACAUGAGGAUGAGUUGGAACAAGCAAUAGUUUAUGCCGGUCUUCGCCUCUCCCAACCCUAUAAUUGCCCUGAUGAGCUUUAUUCAAUUAUGUGUUCUUGUUGGACAACAACACCAGAAGAUAGGCCAACAUCUAGUGAACUAGACUUAAAUUUACAAGAAUUUAUGCAAAGAUUAAGCAAAUAUAUUUGA